UCGUAUGCGAGUCUCCAUAACUCCAUAAAGGGUGGAAGAGAGCGAUGAGACAGGGAGAAGGAUGCUUCUUAGCAAGGGUUUGGCGUAGGUCGUGGGUUGCAGAGAAAGUUCUGUAAAUCUGUGUCAUCGCAGUCUCUCUCUUCCCAAUCAUCCCUCGAUCUUUCUCGUGCUUCACGGAUCGUACAGCGUUUUCUUCCUCCAAUCGAUUUUCUCUCUCCUCAUUCACCUGUAAGGGGGAGAUUGGGAAGGAAGCCAGGAAAGCGCCGCUUAUUUAUCCGGCUUGCUCUUAUGUCACGAGCUGCUCGGUUUCAGUGGGAAAUCUAGGGUUUGAUUUUCACCGUAAUUCUCUUUGGCAGGUUCCGCGCACCUGGGGGUUAAUGGAAGUGAGGGGAGGUUGUAUGGAGGGGGGGUUUUCUUGUGAGCGGGAGCGUUGAGCGUAUACUUUGGAGGAGCAAGCGGUUUUAAUUUGUGUUUUGGUAUUCUUGGAUUGAUGGGGAAUCGGAUCGGGAAGAGGAGGCAGGUGGUUGAUGAGAAGUAUACGAGGCCGCAAGGGUUGUACCUUCACCGGGACAUCGAUCACAAAAAGCUGAGAAAGCUCAUUCUCGACUGCAAGUUAGCGCCUUGCUACCCUGGAAGCGAUGAAUGCAUUUUUGAUCAGGAGGAAUGCCCUAUCUGUUUUCUGUACUAUCCGAGUUUGAACCGAUCUAGGUGCUGUUUGAAAGGAAUAUGCACAGAAUGUUUUCUACAAAUGAAGCCACCUCAUUCGUCACGAGCAACACAAUGUCCCUACUGUAAAACUUCAAACUAUGCUGUGGAAUAUCGUGGUGAGAAGACAAGGGAGGAACGGGGCAUCGAACAGAUUGAAGAACAAAAGGUCAUUGAAGCACAAAUAAGGUUGCGGCAUCGGGAGAUUCAAGAUGAACAUGAAAGAAUGAAGAGAAGGCAGGAUGUAAGUUCAUCAAGUAGAGUGGCAGCUUCUGAAGAAGCUGAAUGCCAUGAUGAAACAAACACUUCACUUUCAGUGUCAUCACAUGCAUGCCAAGACCAAGGGUUUGGAUUUGUUUCUUCCAGAAGCUUAUCCACCAUUCCAGUUGACACUCGAUCCCAUAUAAGGCAACACAGGGAAGAUCACUUUGACAUGGACCUUGAGGAUCUUAUGGUCAUGGAAGCUAUAUGGUUGUCAAUUCAGGAACAAGGGGUUCAGAGAAAUCCAUCAUCUACCGACAUGCAAGACAUUCAUGCAGCCACUAAGGAUGCCUCUCCUUCUUAUGGACUUGCUUGCACAGUUGCAGCACUAGCUGAACGUCAGCUCACUGAUGGCGGGGAUGUUUCGAGCUUAGAUGCUUGCAGCAGCUCACUUUCGACAGAAGAGAGUCUGCUUAAUAAUAAUUCUUCUGCCGGUUGGCUCGACACAUCUGUGCAUGCGGAUGAUGGUGAGUGCUCUGUAGACAAUAGCUCGGAGGUGGCUGAGGCUGGCACCAGCUAUGCAGGCUCUGAUGCCACCAUAGAUGCGGUGCGGGCGAUCUCCCUACGUGAAGACGUUAACAUGGCUUCAAGCCAUCUCCUCCCUGAGAGCUUCGAGGAACAAAUGAUGCUGGCCAUGGCUGUCUCGUUGGCUGAAGCUCGGGCUCGGGCAAGCCCCCAGGGUGUGACCUGGAUGUAACUGGAGUUAAAUGGUUUGGUUUGGAAAUUUGCCAUUUCAGCUGCUUUUCUCCCUGUGAUACAGUCUCUGGUUGCAAUCUGCUGUUCUGUUUAUUUUAUUUCUGUUCUAUGCAGGUAGUCUUUGCUCUUUUUUUCAUAUAUAUCAUCCUAUAUACAGGUUACAGGUAAACCACAUAAGCUAGGGGAAGGAAUAGAGAAAUUGU